UGAAAUUCGACACAAACAUGAGACUAACCUAGAAAAAAACAAGAAAAGGUGGGAUAAUGAUUUUUGAGGGUGUUUUUCUUUCGAUUCAUGAAUGAAAACUUCUGGAAAAACACCUAAAGUUGAUUAAUCAAUGAUUUUUCGGUUUAAAAAUGCUAUAACACUUGAAGGUAAAGUGAAAAAUAUCUAUUCAUCGAGCAAUUGUGACAGUGACAUCGAUGUGAAAGUGCGGGAAACUUUCCCGGUCCAAAUCCGUUUCAUUAGCCGGAAAAGAGCUGAUUUUCUGAGGAAAACCAAUAAUUUUCGGUUAUUGUUGAAACACAUUCAGUUUGAUUAGUCUGACCGUGAAAUUGUGUGAUAGAAGUGCUUUUUAUCAAUGAGUAAGUGGAUUUAAACUUUGGUAUUCGAUUACGUGUCUAUAUGGCCUUUAAAUUUUGGCGGGAGCGCGUUUUUCCGGGCCACUUUUCGGAGACUUUGGAACGUCGUAUCCAAUUGAAAGUUACAUUUCCGUGUUCCGCCUGGAGUGGCCUAUCCAGUGAUGUGAAAAAAGUGCCGAUUUUCCGAGAUUUUCAUGAAAAAUUUACGCGCCAAAAUUGACCUAACUUCGGUGAACAUCUUCCUCUUUUUACAUUCUUCGAGAGCUGCGCAAGCAGCUUAGCAGUAGCGGUUCAUUGGGGAAGAAGAGGUGAAAACUCAUUUGGUGCUAGAACUUCGAACGUGUUGCCUCGUUGAAGCAAACUGUGCGGACGGAUUUCGAGACAAGUGCGUGGACGGAUUUAGCCGGUUCGGUGGAAAAACGGUUCCUCUGUUAGUGCACCACCCAGAUCCGUUGAAGUUUGCACCGUUUCGGGACUAUCGUGAGCAGAAAUCCCGAUUUUCGAAGGGUGGUUUCCGUGCGGGAACACGGUCAGCCAUUUAAUUUUUCCACCUCCUUCAUUCUCCUGCCUUUCUUCUUGUUUCGUCGAGAGUUUGUCCGUGUGUGUGGUGGGGUUCGAAAUUCCUGUAGAGGUUUUAACCAUCUUGGUGCCGGUUCUCUAGGAAUUUUACCGGGAAUAAGAAGUACGCGCUUGACUCGAGCCUCGGAAGCGGGAGAAAUCGCCAGGCCUUGUCCGUGCUAGAAAAGGAGUGCUGCAGUGUGCUCAUGUAAAAGUGGAUUACCAUACGACGGAAAAGGCAGGAUUUCCGGGGAUAGGCGUUUGGUGGAAACGGUCCAAGCGAGCACCCCGGUCAGAUCCAAGAGAGGUGUUGGCAUUUUGAAGGAAUAAGCUACGUACUGGACCCGUGGAUGAUGGAUCUGUAUAGUUCCGAAGAUGCCAGCAGAUCGUCAACGUCGGAGAUUACAGAAACCCGUAGCAGAAACAGCCGGAAGCGGAAAUACACUUCGGACGAUGCGGAUAUAGAAAAUAAGCGGCCAAGCAAAAGACAUGUGGGCGAUCGACGGCUUUCCCCGAUUGCGGCCUCGUCGGCUCCGUCGGUGCCGAUUCCGAGCGUGGCCAGUUCGGCAGCAUCCAGCAAUAGUGUCCCAAGCAUCAGCAUUGGCAGCAGUGAGUACACGUCCGACACGCAAAGUUCAUCGGAUUGCUACUCGACGACGGCAGAGUUCGAACUCUAUCCGUUGGUUAGCCCUGCCUCGGCCAACAGCAUUAUCCUCAGUCCAUCGUGUGAAGCGUCCCACGGCAGUUGGCACACCAAGGGUGACACCACGCCACAUGCCAACAGGAAGUCCUCCUCGCAGCACAGCAACCAGCGGCGCAGCAGCGAAAAUAGCACCAAUAGUACUAGCAAAUCAUCGUCCCAUGUACCCGCCCUUUCGUGUUGUGUUACUCCGUCGUCGGACUUGCGAUCCUGCCCGUUGCCACGGUUCGCGUGGGCGGACUCCAAUCAGGUGUGGAAACUGAUGUGCCGGAAGGACGAAAAGGCAUCGCUCGAGCGAGAGCCCAACAUGUUCGACCAGCAUCCAGGUCUCCAACCACGAAUGCGUGCAAUCCUACUAGACUGGCUGAUUGAGGUGUGUGAAGUGUACAAACUACACCGGGAAACGUACUAUCUGGCGGUUGAUUACAUCGAUCGGUUUCUCAGCAGAAAGAAGGAACAGAAGAAGACCCAUCUUCAGCUCCUGGGAAUAACGGCUCUGUUCGUUGCUGCAAAGGUCGAAGAAAUCUAUCCGCCGAAAAUUGGCGAAUUCGCCUACGUCACAGACGGUGCCUGCUCCGAAGAGGACAUCCUUCGGGAAGAACUGCUACUGCUCAGUGAACUCCAGUGGAGUAUCAACCCGGUAACGGUGAUGGGUUGGCUCGGAACGUACAUGCAAGUCAAUGUGACCGGCCGGCAGAUGGAGAUGAUGCAUCCCUGUCGGAAGCAGCACAGCAGCGUUCCUUCGUCGGCGAAACCUCAGCCGGAUGAAGCCUUCGUGUAUCCGCAAUUUUCCGGAAUGGAAUUUGCACAAACCGCUCAACUUAUUGAUCUUUGCUCGCUGGACGUUGGGCUGGCGAACUUCCCCUACUCUGUGAUUGCAGCGGCUGCCGUUAGUCAUACUUUCGAUAGGAAAACCGCUACCAGUGUGUCCGGGUUGGACUGGGACGUGAUUGCCCCGUGCGCCAAGUGGAUGGAACCGUACUUUCUAGUGAUUUGCGACGAGAACGAAGUAUCGCCGCUCGCGCUGCUCGAAUCCAACGAACAGGUGAAGGGCAGCUAUGGUCUGGCGCACGUUUGCCCCAACCUGGUGGCGGACAGCUCCCACAUCAUUCAAACGCACAGUACCUCGCUGGAUAUGUUUGAUCGGGCGUCUCUUCGCCGGGAACAUCUCGAGGUUGUAGCCUGUAUCAUACAACAGGAAGCAUCACCUGCGCCACUACUGGACCCCGAGGGUCUGCUAACUCCACCGGCAUCCAGCCGGAAACCGCUCGACGCAAACAAUCCACUCGAGGGGACAAAUAAACUGGUUAACAAGACUUAAUAGAUUGUAGGUUUCAAGUACAGUUAAGUUCUAUUGAUAUUUUAAACAGUACCAAAUUUUCUUAUAAACGUUCCACUAGUGCGAGAUACAUUGUACGGAACUGUAUCGACGAUAGAUUGAUAAGAGCCGUAACACUAUUUUUUAGCAAUCUACCGUCGAUUCACAUACUUUAGAGCAGGUAUAUGUUUAAAUUCAUGAUAGUUCGUAAUAUAAAUCGUUGACUUUAAAUGUACAUAUUUAUUGCAGCAAUAAUUCAUCGAAGUAUUACAAUUCAUACUGCCUUGCAAAUCCAAUUUAGUACAAAAACUCGUACGUUGAUAUUUCCAACAACAACAACAACAAUCCUUAUCCAAACUAAAACGUCUAACUGUCCAACAAGAUCCCACUAAAAGCUAACACCUCCGAAAAAUGCUUCUAACAAUUUAACGUCAAGCUCCCUCAACCAAAGUGCAUUCCUCCUCCAACUGACCAAGUGAAUUUAACCAUCUCCACGCUUAUCCCAAUAAUCAAGUAACAAAUGGAACCCUCCAUCACAACUAACAACUAACACUCCAUUUUUCCUACGUUUGGAAAAUUAUCAACGUGAGUGGAACAAUGAUGGGUUAAAGUGAUAUUGAACCAUCUAGAGAAUGAUGCACUAUUGCUCCCAAUAACGACAAUAAUCUCUGUUCUGUUCAG